AUGAGCACUCUCUCUACCUUCCAACCCAACAAUAGCUGUGUGAAAUGGCAUAAUGAAUACCAAGACAGAACAUUUCCAGAGAGGGAUAUGGAGAACACACAGGAUGGAAACCCAGGGGGCUGGUUCAGGAUCACAACUCCUUAUGGAAUAAAGUAUAACAAGACAUGGCUAAUAAAUUCAAUACAGAGCCAUUGCAGUGUCCCCUUCACCAUGGUCGAUUUCCAUUACUUUAAAGACCAGGCCCAGUUCUUUAUUCAGGAUGCUAGGGCUGCCUCUGCAUUGAAGGAUAUCAACUACAAGAUUUGUGAUGAGGAAAAUCAAAAGCUAUCUAUACAUGUCAAUCCCUCUGCUGUACCUUACUCUGUACAGAAUAAACUGGAGCCAGAAGAAAUGGAGCAGCUAAAGCUGACCAUGAGCAAAUGCUAUGAUAUCUCCCAAAAAGCUCUUGACCUCCAUAAACUCUACUUUGACCCAAGGAUGAUGGACCAUGAUAUAGAUAUAAUCCUGAAUUGAAGAAACUGCAUGGCUGCCACUCUGCAGAUCAUCAAAAAGAAUUUCCCUGAGCUUUUGUCCUUGAACUUGUGCAACAACAAACUGUACGGGCUGGAUGGCCUGUCUGACAUUAUAGAGAUGGCCCCCACAGUCAAGAUCCUGAACCUCUCCAAAAAUGAGGUGCAGUCAGCCUGGGAGUUAGGCAAGAUGAAAGGGCUGAAGCUUGAAGAGCUGUGGCUGAAAGGGAACCCUCUGUGUGGCACCUUCCCAAACCAGCCCACCUAUGUAAGGUCUAUGGUAACUUCUGUCAUGCCUCCUGAGGACAUUUGUACCUUGGGAACCUGA